AUGAAAUUUCCGAGGGAUAUGAGGGAGACAUUGUCUUUCCUUACUCCUUUUCUGCCGUAUGGCGUAUUAGAGUCUUGGGAGGAUCUUAAUCCACGCCUUUACCAUGCAGUGCAUAUAUACUGGCUGAAAUUCUACGGGUUAUGGUACAAUACGCAUCGGCCAACAAGUUUUUACUUCUGGCUGCACGUAGUUUACGCGACAGUGGUGCUCUGGCUUGUGUGUUUUCUGCCAGGCAUCGGCGAGCUCUUCUAUUUACACAAACGGCGGGAUAACAUCGGAGAUAUCGCUGAGGGAUUGUAUUUGUUUCUAAGUGAGAUGUAUACUUACAUAAAACUGUCAGCAUUUUGGUUGAAGAGGAAAGAAAUAAUGGCGUUGCUCGAGUAUCUCCAUCGGGAUGAGUUCAAAGUGAAGGAGCCUGAGCACAGAGAGAUUCUGCGGAGGAGUAUUGAGAGGGCCCGUUUCGUGAUGACUUAUUAUUCGAGCAUGUGUGUGGGCGCAGUGAGCGUGGGAAUACUGAUGCCGCUCGCGGAGCAUUUCGAGGUGCUGCCCACGAACGUCGAGUACCCGUACUUCGACGUGUAUAAAUCACCGGCUUACGGAAUCAUUUACAUACACCACAUAUAUUACAAGCCAGCUACGUGCAUUAUUGACGGCGUAAUGGAUACCAUAUUGGCGGCUUUCAUCGCUUCAGCUAUUGGUCAAAUAGAUGUGCUAGCCUUCAACCUCAGGAACUUCAACCAGCUCGCCGAGCGACGGCGCAAGAUGCUGCCAUUCGGAGUGAACAACAGUGUAAAGCUGUCUUCGGACGACGAGUCUCGAGACUGCAUCCGAACGGUGUUAAAAAACAUCAUUAAGCACCAUAACAGCAUUAUAAAGUACGUGUCCCUGAUCGAGAGCGCGUUCAGCCUGGCCUCGGCCCUGCAAUUAAUGCUGAGUGUCAUGGUCCUAUGUUUGGUCGGGAUACAAUUCCUUUCGAUUGAAGAGCCGAGCAAACAUCCGAUACAAAUCGCCUGGAUGGCAAUCUAUCUCACUUGCAUGCUCAUCGAAGUUUUCAUUAUCUGCUGGUUCGGAGAUGAGCUCAUAUGGAAGAGCUGGGAGCUUCACCAAGCCGCCUUCGAAUCUCCCUGGCCUUCAACUGACCCCAAAACUGCCAUGUUCAUCGUCAUCUUCAUGGAGCGAUGCAAGCGCCCUCUACGCGUCACCGCCGGCAAGAUCUUCACACUGUCUCUAGAUACUUAUACAAAUCUUAUCAAUUGGUCCUACAAAGCGUUUGCAGUCAUGAGGAAAAUGAAGAAAUAA